AUGACGGUUGGCUGAAUUUCAGCUCCAGUUGUUGAUAACAUUUUGCAGGCAUAGUAUUGGUUCUUAAUGCAUUCAAAGGAUGGCCCUUUAUAACGAACAACAAGUCUUGAAGGAAGAGCCUUUAACAGGUCCUACUUUAAAUCCGUCUAUUCGAUCCGAUGGACGACAAUCAAGUACACCUUCCGUUGGCACUGGCACAGCACAGAAUACACCUGCCAGGGAGACUUCAGGCAUCUCUUCGACAGGUGCAUCAACGACAUUACGACACCGUGUAGCUUCAACACGACGGCCUACUCGGAUUACUAGAUUAGGUGCCGGGAUCAUCCAAGAUGUGCGUGCUCGUGCACCGUGGUAUAGAAGUGACUGGACCGACGCUUGGAACUAUCGUGUGGUUCCUGCUACAGCCCUCAUAUUUUUCGCCAACGUGCUUCCAGGAAUAGCAUUCUCUUUAGAUCUUAUAGAAACUACUCAGCAAUAUGGUGUUGCGGAGGUUUUGUUGUCGUCCUUCAUGGCAGCUUUCAUAUUCUCGGUUUUCGGUGCACAACCGCUCACCAUUGCUGGCGUUACUGGACCUAUCACUGUCUUUAACAAGACUAUAUAUGACAUAAUAGAAAAGCAGCCCAAUCCACCAAAUUAUCUACACUUUAUUGGUUGGGUCUACCUAUGGGGUGCAAUUUUGCAUUGGAUAACUGCAAUUCUUAACUGGUGCAAUUUACUCAGAUAUGUCACUCUUUUCCCGUGUGAUACGUUUGGCUUCUACGUUUCUUGGGUGUACUUGCAAUACGGCGUCCAAGUGAUUACUCGCCAAUACGACGCAAGUCCUCCCAACUUAGAUGGCGCUCUAGUCGCGACCGUUCUCGCCUUACUUAUGCUCGUCACAUCUUUCCUAUUUCAAAAAUUAUCAGAAACGACAUUAUUUCAUCGACAUGUUCGACGCUUCUUCGCCGAUUACGGUAUGCCAAUAUCAUUGGUAGCUACCUCGGGUAUGGCUUAUUGGGGGAGGUUCAAUUCUGCCAACCCUAUUACUCUUCCUGUCAGUGGCGCUUUUGAGGCCGCAAAUGGAAGAGACUGGUUAGUGAGAUUCUGGAAACUCGAUGGUAAAUGGGUGGGCAUCGCCCUUCCCUUUGGGAUAGUCCUGUGGAUCCUUUUUUUCUUCGAUCACAAUGUAUCGUCACUAAUUGCUCAAGGUUCGCAAUUCCCACUUCGCAAACCUCCUGGCUUUCACUACGACUUUUUCCUUCUCGGGAUCACCACUUUUAUUGCUGGUCUGAUAGGGGUUCCUGCACCUAAUGGUUUGAUCCCCCAGGCGCCUAUACAUACUACUUCACUGGUCAUCAUGGGGCGACCCUUGAAGAAGGAUUCCGACGAAGAGCAAGCGAUAUCCAGGGUACCAUCACGGUCUGGUGUCAAGCCUUCGUUCGAAGUGGAAGGCGAGCCCAAAAACGAACAACAAGCGGAUCCGUCGUCCACGCGCCGCGAGGUUCCCGUUUCAGUCGUGGAGCAGAGAGUGUCGAACUUGGCUCAGGGCGCGCUAUGUCUCGUAUUGCUUACAGGGCCAUUCUUACAUCUUCUCAAUCUUAUCCCUAGAGGUGUUCUGGCAGGACUCUUUUGGUUUAUGGGGGCGGAUGCUCUUCAAGGCAAUGGUAUCACGUUGAAGUUAUUAUAUCUCAUCCGCGAUCAAUCGCUCAUCCCUUCCAACGAGCCGUUGAGAAAAGUGCGCAAAUCGCGCAUAGCAUUGUUUGCCGGAGUGCAGUUGAUUAGUUUUGGGGCUACAUUCGCAAUAACACAAACCAUUGCUGCCAUCGGUUUUCCCGUGGUCAUCCUGCUUCUUGUACCUCUGAGAACCCUUCUAAUACCGCGCCUCCCAUUCUCUACCGAAGAACUUGCCAUUCUAGAUGGCCCCACCGCUUCACCGUUUACAAUGGAAUCGGUUGGCGGUUCGCUAUAAACUUCAAGUGACUCGAGAUUUACUACACCUGACAUCUUUGAUUACCCGAUUUCUUUUUGCAUUUUUAAGAUGUUACCAGUGUUGCAUCGGUAUCGUAGAGGACAUUCUGGAUCUCAGGCGUAAUUCAUAAGUGACCCCUAUGCAUACGAAGAUUGCAUUAAUAUCUCCUCUCCAUGAUGAGUUACCAACAUACCUACCAGGGCGUGACCGCCACUAACUAGCCGAAACACACAAUCCCCGUUGAAUACCGUUAUUGAUGAUCUUUCGGUGGUGGACACAGUGUGGACACAUACCUUCUUAA